AGACAACAUUCUGGUAUUCUCUGCGGAGUUUUUCUGCACCGUUUGUCGCGAUUGCGCGGUUCUUAAAUUGUCUUCGAUCUUAGAACAUAGCUUGCAAGAAUGAGAUAGCUCUUUUAAUGCCUCGUGAACUGUUAUCAAAACGGCGGUGGAUGACGCGAAUUUUAUGGUUUAAUAUGAAUAUUUUGUUAAAUUGAACGUGAGUGAUUCGAUGCUUUUCGAAUGACGCACUGAUUUUCCGCGAGCUGUGGUAAAAUAUUGGCGUUAAAACAGUUCCUGACAUCAUGGAUAAAUUCGUAAUCGUUGGGGGAUUUUUAUGCUUUGCGGCCGAUGUAUUUGCAAUCGCGUCGCUGGCGACUCCGGAAUGGGUUGUGACAGACUUUGCUGGUAAGUUGAGCUGUAAUUAAGAAUUGAGCGCAAGUCAAAAAUAGCGGUAAUAAUAAUAUUAUGAAUAUAGCGCAGAUUAUUUAAGUUUAGUACAUCUUUAAAAGUGCAUGUUUUACCAUUGUACCAAUUAUUUUCUUACAACAAAUACUCAUAUCGUGGCCAUCACAAGCCUUGACUGCAGCAGGAAUCUUUAAUUUCUCAAAAUGCCCACGAGUUUUAAUAGCAUUAUCACAUGUAACCAUAAUGUAAGCUUACUUUGUGGGUAAUCUGCCGAAUUAUUUGUAAUUUUUUCUGCAAAAUUUUAUCAUUGAUUUCAUCUCUAAAGGACCCUCAAAGAUUCCCUGGUCAAUGUCGACAAACAAACUGAAUCACCUGGUGGGCCAGGGCAGGGGGAAGAGUGGGGAAGGGGUGGGGAGGACAUCCUGUGAGCAGGGUGAGAAAAGGAGGCUCUGCCUGAAUUAGCCUGCGAGCAAGCUCUCCUAUUUGGGAAAAGCGAAGCGAGUCUCGCAAGAACGCACGAGCGAGCGCGAAGGGCAGAGAAAAGGAGAGCUUGCAACGAUCUCGGCCCCUCGUGAGGCUCGUGAGGCAAAUAGGAGAGCUUGCCCGCAGGCUAUGCCAGAAUCGCAUCAAGCUUUUGAAGUGGCUGAAGUUCAAAUUUCUGGACUAGUUUUCUCUCAACAAACUGGUUUUACAAGUGCAAGUAUCUGCGUAUUGCGACCAAUGUCGCAACUGAGAGGAUGUACCAAGCGCCCAGCUAUUGUGCCUGGGUUCAAAACUGUAUCAUCGCAACAUGCAACGCAUGCUUAGCAAGAUUUUACUCAUUUCAUGUUAAAUCAUUCUCAAAUACACUGAAAUCGAGCAAGCAAAGGAGAGACUCUGAUGGCAGGGUGGUAGAGGGGGGAGGAGUAGGAAACUUUUACAUUAGUGAGAUUAAGAUUCACAUUUACACCAAACAGCAAACCUGAAUUUGUACCAUGUGACCAAGUUUUUCCCUUGUUUAUUGUCAUUAAAUGUUUAUUACUUCAACUAAAAAAUAAGUAGUUUCAUGCCAGUUUUAUACAUAAGAAUAAUUUGUUCUGGACAGUUUUUAUCUGCUUAUUUUCUAUUCUGAGAAUUUCUCAACUAGAAUCUGACAUUUGCCAUUUGGCGUAAACGUGAAUCUUAAUCUCUCUAUUAUUGGUUGUUUGCCAUCACAUGGCAAACAUGAAAUCUUAAUCUCUCCCUCGGAACAAAUUUCGACAGUGACGGCAAAAGCCGAUUAAAAGCGACAAGCAUUUAUUGGUUGGUUUAAAAUCAUCACCCCCCAUGAGAAUGACAAGGUGGCUAUGUUGGUUGACAAAAUAGAAUGCAUGUGACAUUAUUACCAUGUGGUAGAUCAAUGGCUUACACGUUCAAUCAUGCCAGGCAAAAGUGACAAGGAUCAUUGGCAGAUCUAGACAUUGAGAUCGGUGGGGGGGAGGGGUGGGAUAGGGUGCUCAUCUGGAUGUUGACAUAAGGGCGACAGUCAGGAAAAAAAAUUUCUGGACUAUGUGGCAAUUUGAUCGUAAAAUAAGGGGGCUCGUCCACUAUAUCUACCACUGGUUAUUUAAGGCCCUGUUCAGCUCUCUGGUUUGUGAUUUGUCUACCUUAAAUGUUGCAGGUUCUGUUCGGCUUGGUUUGACUGUCAUGUGUCAAAAGUCAGAUGGACAGCCGGAAGUGUGCAUCACCCCUGAACUACCCCAAGAGUGGCUGGCCACACUAGUUUUUAUGAUUUUGGGUGUUAUAGCUUUAACACUAACUUGCUGUCUAUUAGUCUUGUCACCUUGGAAACCAACAAUCGUUGAUGCAGCAAAGUGGAUUGUUUUUAUUGGAAGUAAGUCAGUAAAUUUAUGUAGUGUCAGUCUGAUUUGGUCAAUUUUUCAUUCACCCUUGCCUUUUAUAAUAUUUUUUCUUACUUUUGUUUUGUUUUAGUGAUUGUGUUCUGCCUGGCAGCUCUGACAUUUCCACUAGGAUUUCAAAUGCCUGAAAUUGGUGGUAGACCAUACAAGCUUCCACAUGGCACUCAUGUUGGACCAUCAUUCUUCCUCUACAUAUUUUGUAUAGUUUUCACAAUUGCAUCUGAACUAUUUAUAUUCAAAGUUUGUCCUCUCUUGCUUAGAUGAUCAAUAGGUUUUCUGUUACACUAUUUUGUUUUAGUUUUUCCUUCUUAUGAUAAUGGACAUAGUAACUGGGUACUACAUCUCCUUAAAUAAGUGGCAUGCACCAGAAAGCUUAUUUAAAAUCGAAGCAAAAACAAGAGUUUAUAUUUUAACUUGGGAAUAAUACUUAUAAAAGAACUAUGUAAGCAUUUGGACCUAGAGACAACUCGCACUCACCAGAUAGUGAUAAAACUGUAUUCUAGAUUUUUGAUAGCGUAGUUAAAGUUUUAAAUUUAAAAUGAUUUUGUGAAAGGGAGAAAGGAAAGAGGCUUGUAACACCUGUACUACUGUAUAAGUGUUGGGAAUCAGCUAAGAUUUCAAAAUCAAUUGUUCAAAAUAUUUAGAAUGACCCGGCCUCUCGAUCAUUGAUUAUGAGAAUUGUUCUUAGACUUGUUAUUUUUCACCUGUCUGUGAGUCAAAUCAGAGGUUGGUUUUAUCACAAUACACAGAACCAAAUGCAAACAAAACUAGGAAAUUCUGCAAUGGUGUGUUUUUAAACAUGGCAAAAAGAUGUAUGAAUGUACCAGAAGGGGUCAUCAAUGCACUAUAGCUGCAUCUUAAGUCCAUUAAAUUAGACAAUUUUACACAAUUGUUAACUUUUGUCAACAAUAAUAUUUAUCUUUCUUUUAAUUGUUCUGCAAUAAUCUAUUGAACAUUUUCUAUAAAUUAAUUUUUUACCAUCCUCGGAGACCUAGGGGCGGUCAGUCGGGCCGGGAGAAAAGGCGUGACAAAAGUUUUCAAGUACAGGCGGAAGAGCAUCCUCGGAGACCCAGGGGCAGAUAAAGGGGGUGAGGGAAAGUCUAGCCUGCGAAAACAUCCGUUUCUCUUCGCUCUUCGUCGCUGAAAUAUUUCUUGACGAUUGAUCUCGAGAUUGCCGAAUUUAUAAAAAAAUUUAUCGAGCGGUUUUUGGAAAAAUGCGAAAUUUUUAGGCAUGGACCAAAUUACCUCCAAAAACUGUAUCAAAAGCAGCUGAAUGCAAGUUAACAAAAACCUUCUUACUCGCAAUCGCCGAGAGCAAUUCCCCUCUUUUUUUGUAUGCAGCUUUCAAUGGAAUCAAACCACUAUGAGAUGAAGCCGCGUUCCCAAAGCUUACCACUUUCUUAAAAUAUUAGCAAAUUGUGCGGCUAGCAUGCUAUUUCAUUGUUUUUAUGAUUCUUAAAACUGCAUUUCAAAAUAUUUCGAAAACGCUCUCAUAGAAUUUCUUCAAACUUUGCCAUAAUGGAGGCAAUUAUGGCAGGUACAUACUCCCUUAAGCGAUUUCUUCAAAAAAACUCCUGGUACAGAGAAACACAAAGAUAAAUGAAAAACGCAAUGGCGUCAUUACGUUGCCAUGGCGACUCUGAUUGCAAUAAAACCCAGAUCAUCAGAAAUUUUCAUCUUUAUAUAAUACAGUCGUGGUAACUUUUUCCCCAUAUCUUUACUCAUGCCGACGUAGUUAAUGCUCAAACUUGGGAGGUAUCCCCCUAAAAAAAUCCAGUCGAGCCACCUUAAGGUUUCCUUGAACUUGAUAACAGCUGGGUCUGUUUUUUAACCAAUAGCAUUAGAUUAUUUUUUCCGUCUAAACCUUGACAAUAAAGAGCAGUAUUUUGAUUAGUGAGAGACAGCAACUAGUUUAUCAUUAUUAGACACUCAUGGUGGGUUUAUUAAAGAUGAAACAACAACAACAUGAUACCAAAAAAAAAAAAAAAAAAAGCGUAUUUGUCCAUUGCUCACCAUAGAGUCUCCAAUCAAGUGGUUUGGUCCUUUACAUCUCCUCUGGGACUCGGAUUUUUUUUCCGAGUCCUCCUCAAAUUAAUAUCAUGUUGUCAUGGUGGGUUAUUUAAACAAAGACUAACUUAGACCAAUAUUUAGCAAAUCUUUGGUCCUUUAGAUCUCUUCCUUACUGGGUUGGUGUAAAGAAAACAAAUGCUUUUCCAGUCUACACCAUAUGCUUUCAUGAAACUGU